AUGGACUACAUCCGCGUCUCAGCCGUGGAGACAGGCAGGCAAACAGGUGUGUCUGCUGAGAUGUUCACCAUGCCUCGAGGUCUGGAGGCCAGCAACAAGGUUGGAAUCCCAGAGGACCUAGAUGGGAACUUGGAAGCAUCCGGUAAGCUCAGGAGUCAGGACGUUAUGGACCUCACAGCAGAUGACAAGGAAGCCUCAGCCUCAGCUCCUCCGGCAUCCAAAAGACUGAAAACAGAUACCAAAGGAAAGGAGAGGAAGCCCACCGUGGAUGAAGAUGAGGCUCAGAGAAUGACAACCCUGCUGUCUGCCAUGUCUGAGGAGCAGCUGGCCCGCUAUGAAGUGUGUCGCCGGUCAGCUUUCCCAAAAGCACGCAUUGCACGUCUGAUGCAGUCUAUUACUGGCAGGUCGGUGUCUGAGAACGUGGCCAUUGCCAUGGCUGGAAUAGCCAAGGUCUUGGUGGGAGAGGUGGUGGAAGAGGCCCUGGACGUGUGUGAGAUGUGGGGAGAAUCGCCGCCGCUGCAGCCCAAGCAUUUGAGGGAGGCUGUUCGCAGGUUGAAGUCGAAGGGCCUCUUCCCCAACACCAAGUACAAGAAAAUCAUGUUCUUCUAG